GGGGUGGAGCUGCAUUGACUCCUCCCGGGCGGCUGGGGGCAGGACUGAGUCCUCCCGGAGCGUCAGUGAAACCUCCCGGCCUGUAGGUGGCGGGGCUGGGUGGCGGUGCCGGUGAAGAAGAGGAAGCCCCUCAUUCCCGUGGCGGUAGCAGGGUUGUUCUCAGGCUCGGGGCCUAUCAGGAGGCGGCGGCGGAGAUUGAGACACCGAGUGAGAGAGAGAGAGCGCGAGAGCUCGGUGGCGAGAUGAUGGCGGCUGUGCCGCCACCCCCUCCUGGGCCGCCCCCUCCUCCCCCACCUCCCGGACCGGGGACACCAGCGACGGCGAAAACCGGAGAGGAGAAGAUGAAGGAAAUGGAGGCCGAGAUGGCGCUGUUCGAGCAGGAGGUCCUGGGUGCGCCAGUAUCCACUUCAGCCGUCACCACCAUACCAGAAACUGUACCAGUGGCAAUGAUGCCAGUUCCUGUCGCACGGCCCAUCAUCGGAACAAACACCUAUCGGCAGGUCCAGCAAAGCCUUGAAGCACGAGCUGCUGCUGCAGCCACCGUGAUGCCUCCUGUGCUUGGUCCUCCGUCACCGUUUGUUGGACCCGCAAUGCCACCUCCAAGACAAUCUCCAAUUGUCAGACCCGUCUUUGUUCCUCACGUUCUCCAGAGGCCAGCUGGGCCCCGGAUGCCCCCGAUGAGGCCGCCGCCUCCCCCUCCAUUGAUGGGACCUCCGAUGCGCACACCUCCCCCGCUACUGAUGGGCCAUCCCAUGGCCCCACCCCCUCCAAUGGGUCCGAUGCAUCCAGUGCGGUAUUCCAACGUGAGUGGUUUUGCUCUCCUGCCAUUCCUAUGGCUGGUCAACAUCGUGUGGUUUUUCCGGGAAGCAUUCCUGAAACCGCAGUUCAAUGAACAACUACAGAUUAGGAAAUAUGUGAAAUGGUCAGCAGUGGGUCUCCUGCUGUGGAUUGUGGCUCUCACCACCUGGAUAACCAUUUACCAGACAUUCCGACCGGAGUGGGGAGCCAUCGGUGAUUAUAUCUCCUUCACCAUUCCCUUGGGGAUUCCAUGAUGACCAGUACAGGACGAUGAGGAUCCAGCUGCUGGGGUUUCUGUUCCCAGCCUAUUCCUCCUUCCCUGGUUGUGUGACAUUCUCAUUCUCACUGAUAUAACGCAGUGGCUCAUCUCUCUCGCUCUGCCUCGGUCCACCAGCACCCACAUUCUCAACAAUCCAAAUUGCUGACUUGUGACUUGGCUUACGCAAUCUGUUUGAAGAUUAUGGUGAAAGAACUAAAGAAAUUGCUUAUCCUCUGAUUGGGUUCUGCCCAGGAGAAUUCAGCAACAAGUUGCUGUCUUCAGUGUUGAGGCAUUUUAAUGAGCGAUUUCAAUGCAGAAGUUAAAUCAAUGUAUGCUGCAGUGUGUAGAUUAAAAUGAUCAUUAUUUACA